AUGUUCGAGAAGGUUGCAAAUGCAACCAACUCUAAGCAAGCAUGUGAUAUUCUUCAAACCGCCGACAAGGUGAAAAAGUUUUGUCUCCAAAUCUUAAGGGAAAAAUUUGAAUCGCUGCUAAUGAAGGAAUAUGAAUCAGUUUUGGAUUAUAUUUCAAGAGUCUUGGUGGUUGUCAAUCAAAUGAAGAGAUAUGGUAAAGUGUUGAAUGAUGAUAGGGUCAUUGCAAAAAUAUUACGAUCUCUAGAUUCAAAAUUUAAUUAUAUUGUUGUUUCUAUUGAAGAGUCCAAGGACUUGGACACCAUGACCAUAGAAAAAAUCAUGGGUUCUUUGAAAGCACAUGAAGAAAAGUUGAAGAAACUGAAACAAGAGUCGGUUGAACAAGCUUUGCAAGCGAAAUUUUCUUUGAAGGAGAAAGAUGAAAGGCGUGGCUCACAACAAAGGUCGUGGAUGUGGAAGAGGCCGUGGUACAAGAGGAAGAGGUGGUAG